CACGGUGCGGCAGGGAAAUCGUCUGCCAUUGCUCAGCUGUUAUCGAGAAAUAAAUCUUAAAUUCUACUAUGUAUCUACUAGAGAUAUUCCUGAACAAGUUCCUGGCGAAAUCCUUGGAGGAAUCCCUGCAGCUAUUUUUGACAGAAUUCGUGAUAGAAUUCCAAGAGGAUUCUCUUCCAAGAGGAAAUUCAUUGAUGAAUUCCUGGAGGAAUCCCUGGGGAUUGCUGGAGAAAUCCUACGAAGAAUUCUGGGAGGAAUAUUUCGAAAAGAAGUCUGUAGAAAUAUUUUAAGGUAUUCCUGGAGGAAUACCAGCAUGAAUUUCUUGAGAAAUACUUACAUGAAUUCCUGGAGCAAUACCUGAAGGAAGGAAUCCUUGGAGGAGUCCCUGGAUGAAUUAUUUGAGGAAUCUCUGGAAGAAUUCCUGGAGAAAUUUCUUCCAUCUCUUGAAGGAAUCACUAGAGCCUCUAGAACCAUAGGCUAGAGGAAUUCUUGGAUGAAGCCAUGUAGUAAUUUCUUAAGAAAUCCGUGGUAGAAUCCCAAGAGGAAUUCCCGAGAAAAUUCUUUGAGGAAUCUCUAGGACAAGGAUGUUUUCGAUCAAUUGGCAAUCGUUUGCCUAAUUUGUUCACAACUCGGUUCAGAAGCCCUAUAAUGGAAUGUUGUGUUCGGCAAAGUUGUAUAUUAGUGUUUUUCCUACAAUUAUCAUCAAGGACGUGGAGUUAGAAUAUCCAAUAUUUACGUCGUAAAAGUGUUAGUACCAGCUACUCAUACUAAAGAAUCGGAUUUUUCGAAAAAUCACUAAUCUACAACUUUGCCGAACAUCACAAUUUAAUAUCAGAUUUCUGAACUGAGUUAUGGAUCAAUGAGUCAAACGAUUGCCAGGUGAUCGAAAACAUCCCUGCUCUGGGAGAAUUCUUAGAGAAAUACCUAGACGUACUCCUGCUGAAAUCCCUAGAGAAUAUUUUGGAGGAAUCCCCGAAGAAAUAUCUGAAGAAAUCUCAUAGGAACUUCUGGAAAAUUCCUAGAGGAGUACCUGAAGGAAUGUCUGGAGGAAUGUCUGGAUGAAUCCCUAGAAGAAAACCUGGAGGUAUUUUUAAAGGAAUCCCUGUAUUCCUGGAAGAAUUUCGGAAAAAAAAUCUGAAAAAAUCUCUUGAGGAAUUCCUGGAGGAAUACCUGCAGGAAUGCCUGGAGGAUUUCCUGAAGGAAUCCUUGGAGGAUUUCCUGAAGGAAUCCUUGGAGGAGUCCGUUAAGGAUUCCCUGGAGGAAUUAUUUGACGAAUUUCUGGUAGAAUUCUUGGAUUGAUCUCUGUAGAAGUUCUUGGAGAUAUUUAUGGAGAAAUACCUGGAUGAAUCUCUAGGGGAAGUCCCGGAGAAAUUUAUGGGGAAUUACCUGAAUGAAUUCCUGGAUAAAAUUCUCGAUUUCUUAUAGAAAUUCUUGGAUGAAUCCCAGGAGGAAUUUCUGAAGAAAUCCGUGGAGUUCCAAGAGAAAUCUUUCGAGAAAUUCUUGGAUUCUUGAAUUCCUGGAGAAAUCUCUGGAAGAAAUCUUAGAUAAAUCCCUGGAUUUACUCCUGCAGAAAUCCAUAGAGGAAUUCUGGGAGGAAUGCCUGGAGAAAUAUCUGAGGAAAUCUCUGGAGGAAUCCCUGAUGGAAUUCCUGUAAGAAUUCCUGGAGGAAUGCCAGGCAGGUUCUCGGUGGAAUGCCUGCAGAAAUUGCUGAAGAAAUGCCAGGAGAAAUUCCUGGCGUAAUGUCUGCAGGAAUGCCUGGAUAUUUUCCUGGAGGAAGGCGUGGAGGUAUUGCUAGAGAAAUCCCUGGAUUCAUGAAAGAAUUCCUGGAAGAAUUAAAGGAAGAAUUACUGGAAGAAUUCCUGAAGACAUCCCUGGAGGCAUUCCAGCAGAAAUCCCUAGAAAAAUUCUUGGUUGAAUCUUUGAAGGAAUUCGUGAAGAAAUCCGUGGUGGAAUUCCGAUAGGAGUCCCUGGAGCAAUUUCUGGAAGAAUUCCUGGAGGAAUUCUUGAAAAAAUCGUGGAAAAAUCUCUUGAGAAAUUUUAGGAACAAUUCCUGAAGAUAUUUUUGAAGAAAUUCCUUAAGGAAUUCCCCCAGGAAUUUCUGGAUGAAUGCCUAGAGGAAUACCCGGAGGAAUUCCAGAACGAAUAUCUGAAUGAAGCUCUGGAGGAUUUCCUGGAAAAUUUUUUGGAGAAUAACCUGAUGUUAUUUCUGGAGGAAUUCCUGAAGAUUUCUGGAGCAAUUCCUGCAGAAAAUCCCGGAUGCAUUCUUGGAGGAAUUCCUAGAGUAAUACCUGGAGAAAUUUUUGAAGGAGUUCCCGAAUGGAUGAAAUCCUGGUGAAAUUCAUGGAGGAACGCCUGAAAAAAAAAAUGCAGGAGAAAUCUCGGGAGAAGUUCCUGGAGGAAUCCAAUGAAGACCUCCUGAAAGUAUUCCUGGUGAAAUAUCUGGUGGAAUGCCUGGAGAAAUUUCAGGAGGAACCCCUAGCGGAAUCCUAAGUAAAAUCCCUACAGGAAUUACUGGAGGAAUCUCUAAAGGAAAGCCUGGAUGAUGUCUUUCUACUCUUUGCCGUACGGAAUCGAGUCACCUGCCUACCAAUUGCUCGAUUACAAAGACUAAAAUAUGUUUUCAUAAAUAAAAUAUAAUAAACAAACCCUUCGGACAUUCGCUUAAAAGGUUCCCAGUAAAUCAAGGAGUUACUAAAAAUGUUUCCAAUUUAUCAAAACAGUAUGAGCUUUCAAGUUACGAUGUUUAGGUUAGAUUUCCUUUAUAUUACGUUACAUACGUAAACCGUUUACGGUUACGGUAACGGUUACAGUAAACGUGUUGGGAGGACCACCCUACGAUCCAACAUUGCACCAUCUUAUUCACAGUGGACUCAUCAUCUGACACACUCUGUCAGAGUGACUGACGUCUACCAACACAGCGAGCGAGAGGGAGCAACAGAUCAUCCAUACAGUAACAGUAACAAUAGCGAUCAGGACAGAAUGUAUUUUACCACCGCAGUGAAAACCACGCCGCGUUUUAAUGUGUUAUAUUAAUCAGUAUUUUAAAUAAAGUUUUAAUAUGUUUGUUGUGUAAAUCAUCGGCCCCAUUUAUCACAACAAAGUGGCGACGAGUAUUUUCGGUUCCGGUUUCGCGAAAUUCAGUUUUUCCGUCGCGUAAAAAUCAGUUUUUCGGUCGACGAAAGUCUUCGCGUGUGAAGUGGAAAAAGUUACAAAAUGCCGGAUCCAACUGUGCAGCAGCAGAGUGCGGGAGCAUUUUUGCAACAGCCCAAUUCCAAUCAGAUGCUGAUGCAAAUCCUCCAGCAACAGCAGCAGUUGAUGGCGCAACUCACUCAGCAGGUUUCAGCCACCCAGCUGGCCGUUCAGAAGAUGUCGGGAGAUGAAACCAUUUUGGAUUCAUUGUCCAGCAACAUCACCGAGUUCGUCUAUGAUCCCGAACAUGGCAGUACUUUUGACUCUUGGUUCGCACGAUAUGCGGACUUGUUCGACAAAGACGCAGAAAAACUGGACGAUGCAGCGAAAGUCCGGUUACUGAUGAGGAAAUUGAAUCCAGCAGCGCACGAACGGUUUACCAGUUUUAUUUUGCCUCGACUAUCAAAGGAGUUAACAUUCAGUGAAACAGUCGCGAAAUUGAAAACAAUUUUCGGAUCGCCAGUGUCAGUGUUUCAUCGUCGUUAUUUGUGCCUCCAAACGACAAAAGACGAUUCCGAUGAUUUUGUGACGUAUUCGUGCAAAGUUAACAAAGCGUGUGUGGAUUUCAAGCUGCGCGACCUCUCCGAGGAACAGUUUAAAUGUCUCAUUUUUGUGUGUGGUUUAAAAUCGACGCGAGAUUCGGACAUUCGCAUGCGGUUAAUUACCAAAUUAAAUGAGACGACGGACAUCUCUCUGGAGAAAGUUGUGGAAGAUUGUAAAAGUUUACAGAACCUGAAACAGGACAACAGUCUUGUGGAAAAACAGCAAUCAAUCAGUGCUGUUAAUGCAGUGCAUCAGGAUCGACCUACCAAACCUAAACACAAGCAAGGCGGUGGGGGAAAAGUGAAUAACAAUCAACCAAAAACUCCGUGUUGGUCGUGUGGGGGAAUGCAUUUUUCUGCAGAAUGCCCAUUCAGUGAACAUCAGUGUCGGGAGUGCAAGCGAAAAGGACAUAAAGAAGGAUAUUGUGCCUGUUUUUCGUCCGGCAGUGCUAGUGGCAGCAGUAAGAAGAAAAAGAAGAAGUACGGUGCAAAGAGCAGUAAGGAUGUGAAGAUUGUGUCAGUGAACAACAUCACCCAACGGAGGAAGUUUUCGGAAAUCGAAAUCAACAAGGUUCCAGUUCGGUUGCAGAUCGAUUCAGCGUCGGAUAUCACAAUCAUUUCUGACAAAUGUUGGCGACAAAUCGGACAACCUCAAGGAACCGCACCCUCCUGCAACGCAAAAUCUGCUUCUGGGGGAUCACUCGAUCUGGCCCGGGAAUUUUGGUGCGAUGUGAACAUCAGCGGCAAAACAAAGCGGUGUUUGUGUCGUGUUGCUUCACCCAAACUGGAUCUCAACAUUCUAGGCUCUGACUGGAUUGAGGUUUUCGGAUUGUGGGACGUGCCUAUCAGUUCGUUCUGCAAUAAAAUCAACAGUCAACAGUCUCGUACGGAACAGUCUCUGCAAGCCCAGUUCCCGAAAGUGUUUUCAAGUGAGAUGGGACUCUGCACCAAAACAAAAGUUCGUUUGACACUCAAAGGAGAACCAAAGCCAGUCUACCGUCCCAAACGUCCAGUUGCAUACAGUCAGCAAGGUGCGGUAGAAGAAGAACUUCAACGUUUGCAGAAUUUGGGAAUCCUCCAACCAGUCGAUCACUCCGAUUGGGCAGCACCGAUCGUCGUUGUGCGGAAACCAAACGGUAAAGUCCGCAUUUGUGCUGAUUUUUCAACAGGUCUCAACGAUGCCUUGGAAUCAAAUCAGUGCCCGCUUCCAUUGCCAGAAGACAUCUACACGAAGAUGGCCGGAUGCAAGGUCUUCAGUCAUAUCGACCUAUCCGACGCGUACCUCCAAGUGGAAGUGGACCCUCGAGAUCAAGCUCUGUUAACAGUCAAUACCCAUAAGGGACUUUUCCGCUACACUCGACUCACACCUGGCAUCAAAUCAGCUCCGGGUGCAUUCCAGCAGAUCAUGGAUUCAGUGUUGAGUGGCAUCGAGGAAACCUGUGGUUAUUUGGAUGACGUGUUGAUUGGUGGUCGUACACAAAAGGAGCAUGACCGCAAUCUAAAACAAGUGCUUCAACGUCUGGAAGAAUUCGGUUUUACAGUACGGAUUGAGAAGUGCAGUUUCAACAUGGAAGAAGUGGAAUACUUGGGACAGAUUAUGGAUGGAGAUGGCAUCAGACCCGAUCCGGACAAGACAUCAGCUAUCGCCACCAUGCCACCGCCCAAGGAUGUAUCAUCACUCCGUUCAUACCUAGGAGCCGUAAACUAUUACGCAAAAUACGUUCCGGAAAUGCGUAAACUGCGGUUCCCGAUGGAUCAACUGUUGAAAUCUGGUGCGAAGUGGAAUUGGUCAGAAGAAUGUCAGCGUUCAUUCAACCGUUUCCGUGAAAUCCUGCAGUCACCGUUGGCGCUCAUGCACUACAACCCAAAGUUGGACAUCAUAGUGUCGGCGGAUGCGUCAAACUACGGAAUCGGAGCGCGCAUUGCCCACAAGCUACCAGACGGAUCAGUGAAACCGAUCGCACAUGCGUCGAGAAGCCUCACACCAGCUGAGUCCAACUACAGUCAAAUUGAAAAAGAGGGACUCGCGCUGAUCUUCGCAGUUACACGGUUUCAUCGCAUGAUUUUUGGACGACAUUUCGUUUUGGAAACGGACCACAAGCCUUUGCUAGCGAUAUUUGGUUCAAAGAAAGGCAUUCCGGUGUACACAGCCAACAGACUUCAGCGAUGGGCAUUAACUCUAUUGCUGUACGACUUCAGUAUCAAAUAUGUAAGUACAGAAAGUUUUGGUUAUGCAGAUAUUCUAUCCCGUCUGAUCAACACCCACGUCCGUCCAAACGAGGAGUACGUUAUCGCAUCGAUUGAACUGGAAGAUACCAUGGAAGACAUCGUCAAGCAGUCAGUGGCAGCUCUCCCAGUCACGUUCAAGAUGAUUCAAGCUGGAACACAAUCGGAUACAGUACUGAAACAGGUAAGGCAGUUCGUUCAGACAACCUGGCCGUCCAAUCAGUCAAAAGUCAGCGAUCCACAACUACAACAGUUUUAUCAGCGUCGAGACAGUUUAUCAAUUGUCUCUGAUUGCAUCACCUACGGCGAACGUUUGGUCAUUCCAACAAAAUUUCGUGAACGAACACUUCAACUUCUACACAAAGGGCACCCUGGAGUAGAAAGAAUGCGGUCCAUAGCACGUAACUAUGUCUAUUGGCCUGGGAUCGACGAGCAAAUCAGUCAGCGUGUUCGAUCAUGUGAAGAAUGUUCGAGGGCAGCCAAGACAAACAGUAAAACCAACCUGGAAUCUUGGCCUGUACCAGAAAAGCCUUGGCAGCGAAUACAUGCAGAUUAUGCUGGACCAGUCGACGGUAAUUACUAUUUAAUUGUCGUUGAUGCAUUCAGUAAGUGGCCAGAAGUCAUCUCUACCAAGCGCAUCACUACAUCUGCUACAGUUACCAUGUUUCGUGAGAUCUUCUCCAGAAAUGGAAUGCCAGAAACAUUGGUUACUGAUAACGGUACACAGUUCACCAGUGAAGAAUUCGAAGCUUUCUGCAGUAACAACGGUAUCCUUCAUUUGAAGACGCCACCGUAUCAUCCGCAGUCGAACGGUCUUGCAGAGAGAUUUGUCGACACAUUCAAGCGAGGACUUCGGAAAAUCACGUCGGGGGGAGAGACUCUCCGCGAAGCAAUUGACACUUUUCUUCUGUGCUACCGCUCCACUCCAUGUCGUAGCGCACCUGAAGGAAAGUCGCCAGCAGAACUGUUACUGGGCAGAAAACUCCGAACGUCAAUGGAUCUACUGAAACCACCAACUUCGUUCUACAAGCAAGCCGAAUCCAAGCAAGAAAAUCAGUUCAACCGUAAACAUGGAACGAAAGCAAGAAACUACGAAGCCAAAGAUUUGGUUUGGACGAAAGUACAUCGAAACAACGCCUGGUCAUGGGAACCCGGUCAAGUCAUAGAACGCAUUGGUCGAGUUAUCUACAACGUUUGGCUACCAGACAAGCGGAAUCUUGUCAGAUCACACUGCAAUCAACUGAGAAAACGGUACGAGUCAGAACAGCCAACCUCAACAGUACAACAGCAGUCUACGCAAAUUCCGCUCAGUAUACUUUUGGAUUCAUGCGGUUUAAGUCAGCAUACUGCACCUGAACGAGCAGAACCAGAACCAGCCGAACCGUCACAGUCACUGUUACAUGAACUACAAUCAAGGGAGGUUCAUCGCCGAGCACCAGUCAAGCCACCAAGAGCUACUAUUCAGCAGCAACCGAGCCAGCUUCGCCAGUCUUCGAGAACCAGAAGACAACCCGUGAGGUAUGAGCCGUAUCAUCUCUUCUAAGAGGGGGAGGUGUUGGGAGGACCACCCUACGAUCCAACAUUGCACCAUCUUAUUCACAGUGGACUCAUCAUCUGACACACUCUGUCAGAGUGACUGACGUCUACCAACACAGCGAGCGAGAGGGAGCAACAGAUCAUCCAUACAGUAACAGUAACAAUAGCGAUCAGGACAGAAUGUAUUUUACCACCGCAGUGAAAACCACGCCGCGUUUUAAUGUGUUAUAUUAAUCAGUAUUUUAAAUAAAGUUUUAAUAUGUUUGUUGUGUAAA